GACGCCGGGUCGGCGGGUGGAUGAACGCGGCCCUCUGUAAUGGCGGAGCGUGGCGGGGACGGGGGGGACGGUGAACGAUUCAACCCGGGGGAGCUCAGGAUGGCUCAACAGCAGGCUUUGAGGUUCCGAGGCCCGGCUCCCCCACCAAAUGCAGUCAUGCGCGGCCCACCACCUCUCAUGCGACCUCCUCCACCUUUUGGUAUGAUGCGAGGUCCUCCUCCACCACCUCGGCCCCCCUUUGGACGUCCUCCUUUUGAUCCUAAUAUGCCACCAAUGCCUCCUCCAGGAGGGAUUCCUCCACCUAUGGGCCCUCCACACCUCCAGAGACCACCUUUCAUGCCUCCACCCAUGGGAACGAUGCCUCCUCCUCCGGGUAUGAUGUUUCCACCAGGAAUGCCUCCAGUGACUGCUCCUGGUACUCCAGCACUGCCUCCUACUGAGGAAAUAUGGGUUGAAAAUAAAACUCCAGAUGGGAAGGUGUAUUAUUACAAUGCUCGGACACGUGAAUCUGCAUGGACCAAGCCAGAUGGAGUUAAAGUUAUUCAGCAGUCAGAACUGACACCUAUGCUUGCAGCCCAGGCGCAAGUUCAGGCCCAGGCGCAGGCCCAAGCACAGGCCCAGGCGCAGGCUCAGGCUCAGGCCCAGGCCCAGGCCCAGGCUCAGGCCCAGGCCCAGGCCCAGGCCCAGGCCCAGGCGCAGGCCCAGGCCCAGGCGCAGGCCCAGGCCCAGGCACAGGCACAGGCACAGGCACAGGCACAGGCACAAGUCCAGGCCCAAGUGCAAGCACAAGCAGUAGGAGCUUCUACCCCUACAACCAGUAGCCCAGCAUCUGCAGUAUCCACUUCAACAUCAUCAUCCACCCCCUCCUCUUCCACUUCUACCACAACAACGGCCACUUCGGUUUCGCAGACAGUAUCAACACCCACAACACAAGAUCAGACCCCAAGUUCUGCUGUUUCAGUUGCCACGCCUACAGUUAGUGUUUCAACUCCUGCUCCUACAGCCACACCUGUGCAAACUGUUCCCCAGCCGCACCCCCAGACGUUACCUCCUGCUGUUCCUCAUUCGGUACCUCAACCAGCAGCAGCAAUACCUGCUUUUCCACCAGUAAUGGUACCUCCGUUUCGUGUUCCCCUUCCUGGCAUGCCAAUUCCACUUCCAGGUGUAGCAAUGAUGCAAAUAGUCAGCUGCCCGUAUGUAAAGACAGUCGCUACCACCAAGACCGGUGUCUUGCCAGGAAUGGCCCCUCCUAUCGUACCCAUGAUACAUCCCCAGGUUGCUAUUGCAGCUUCACCUGCUACCUUAGCUGGAGCAACAGCAGUUUCUGAGUGGACUGAAUAUAAAACAGCAGAUGGGAAGACAUAUUAUUAUAACAAUAGAACAUUAGAAUCAACCUGGGAAAAACCCCAAGAACUAAAGGAAAAAGAAAAAUUAGAAGAGAAGAUUAAAGAGCCAAUUAAAGAACCCUCUGAAGAACCGCUCCCAAUGGAGACGGAGGAGGAGGAUCCUAAAGAAGAGCCUAUAAAGGAGAUAAAGGAGGAGCCCAAAGAAGAGGAGAUGACCGAAGAAGAAAAGGCUGCCCAGAAGGCAAAGCCAGUAGCUACUACACCUAUUCCUGGUACUCCUUGGUGUGUUGUUUGGACUGGUGAUGAGCGUGUCUUCUUUUAUAAUCCCACCACUCGUCUUUCUAUGUGGGACCGACCUGAUGAUCUGAUUGGAAGGGCAGAUGUCGACAAAAUUAUUCAGGAACCCCCUCAUAAAAAAGGAAUGGAAGAAGGGAAGAAACUAAGGCACCCAACCCCAACAAUGCUGUCCAUCCAAAAGUGGCAAUUCUCUAUGAGUGCAAUUAAAGAAGAUCAAGAACUAAUGGAAGAAAUUAAUGAAGAUGAGCCUGUUAAAGCAAAAAAACGGAAGAGAGAUGAUAAUAAAGACAUUGAUUCAGAGAAAGAAGCUGCCAUGGAAGCUGAAAUUAAAGCUGCCCGAGAAAGGGCCAUUGUCCCUCUGGAGGCCCGAAUGAAGCAGUUCAAGGACAUGCUGCUAGAGAGAGGGGUGUCUGCUUUUUCAACAUGGGAGAAGGAGUUGCACAAGAUAGUUUUUGAUCCUCGGUACUUACUUCUCAAUCCUAAAGAGAGAAAACAGGUGUUUGAUCAGUAUGUAAAGACCAGGGCAGAGGAAGAACGGAGAGAAAAGAAAAACAAAAUAAUGCAAGCCAAGGAAGAUUUCAAAAAAAUGAUGGAAGAAGCAAAGUUUAAUCCAAGAGCUACUUUUAGCGAAUUUGCAGCCAAGCAUGCUAAAGAUUCAAGAUUCAAAGCAAUUGAAAAGAUGAAAGAUCGAGAAGCCUUAUUUAAUGAAUUUGUGGCAGCUGCAAGGAAGAAAGAGAAAGAAGAUUCGAAGACCAGAGGUGAGAAGAUUAAAUCAGACUUCUUUGAACUGUUAUCUAAUCAUCACUUGGACAGUCAGUCUCGAUGGAGCAAAGUAAAAGACAAAGUAGAAAGUGAUCCACGUUACAAAGCAGUGGAUAGUUCAUCAAUGAGAGAAGACCUUUUCAAACAGUACAUUGAAAAAAUAGCCAAGAAUUUAGACUCAGAGAAAGAAAAAGAGCUUGAAAGACAAGCCCGCAUUGAGGCCAGCCUUCGAGAACGAGAAAGGGAGGUCCAAAAAGCUCGUUCAGAACAAACAAAAGAAAUAGAUCGAGAGAGAGAGCAACACAAAAGAGAAGAAGCUAUUCAGAAUUUCAAGGCUCUUCUGUCUGACAUGGUACGUUCUUCAGAUGUGUCAUGGUCUGAUACUCGGAGGACUCUCCGAAAGGAUCACCGCUGGGAAUCUGGGUCCUUAUUGGAAAGAGAAGAGAAAGAGAAGCUUUUUAAUGAGCACAUUGAAGCACUCACCAAAAAGAAGAGGGAGCACUUUAGGCAACUUCUGGAUGAAACUUCUGCGAUUACCUUAACAUCCACUUGGAAAGAAGUGAAAAAAAUCAUUAAGGAAGAUCCUCGGUGUAUUAAAUUCUCCUCCAGUGACAGGAAAAAACAAAGGGAGUUUGAAGAGUACAUCAGAGACAAAUACAUCACCGCCAAAGCUGACUUCAGGACACUUUUGAAAGAGACCAAAUUCAUAACAUAUAGAUCUAAAAAGCUAAUCCAAGAAUCUGAUCAGCACCUGAAGGAUGUAGAAAAAAUUUUGCAGAACGACAAACGUUAUCUAGUGCUGGACUGUGUGCCAGAGGAGAGGCGUAAACUGAUUGUGGCAUAUGUUGAUGACCUGGAUCGCCGGGGUCCACCCCCACCUCCCACGGCCUCAGAGCCCACAAGACGAUCAACAAAAUAAUUCUGAAUACUCUUCCACGGGGGUAUCUGUUAAUUCAAAACGCUUGCAUGAGCCAAUUUUCAGAUUUUUACAUAUCUGUACCUUAGUCAACCUAUUGCAAAACCAUCUGACGAACAGAAGGAGAAGCAUUUGUGAACUGUGUCUGAACAGAGAACACUUUGGAAAUAUUUAUGCUUUUCUUUGUGUGGCAUGACUGACAUACAUACUCAAAUAUAGGCUGUCUCUAGUAAAUCUAAACUCUUGAAGCUAAAAAUCAUCCUUUUAUGAGGUGUGGAAGUCAGUGACUUGGUGACGUUCUUCCUAGCAGUGUUAAACAUGCAAGAUGUAAAAGCAUUUGUGGUUUGAACUUGAAAGAUACAAAUACCACAGACUCCCAAGAAAACCUUAGUUGGGUAUUUUUUUUUUUUUUUUUCCUCCUUUUCUGUUUUUUAAAAGCGGGUAAAAGGGAAAACACUGAAAACUGAAUUCUUAUCUUCCAGAGGCUAAGAUGAUUACAAUGAAUAUGCUUUUACCUUUGUCUCUAAAGAACAGUUGAAUUUUGUUUGUUCACUUAUGUGCUUUGAUUACUCCCUCUGAAUUACAGGCCAAAUCUUGUUGUUUAGCUUAAGAGAAGAUUUGUUUAGUAAUAUCUCAGGCAUCAAACCACGGUCAUUAACUAACAGGUUGGCCAGAAUAGGAUUGCUGGUUAAAAACAUUUUAUUCACCAUUAAGUGAUCUUUAUCAAUACUCUCGAUUAGACAAUAAAUUACCUUUCUGGGUGUUCCCUGUAAACUACUAUACUCCUGUUUGAAUGUUAUACUUUUGUUCCUAAAGUUUAAAUUUAAGAUGUUUGAAUGUUCAGUUUAUGUAUUUGAACUACAAUAAACCAACUCUUUUUAUA